UCUUAUAGGGAAGCCCUGGUUGUUUUCAUCUAGUUUACCAACACUGGCGCCUUGAAAACCUGCAUUUCAUUGUUUUGUUUUGCUUAUAAAUUUUCCUUGUUAAAUUGUUUGUAACUAGAAAUACUUAAUUAAUGGCGAGUGCUAAUAAAGAUAUUGUGCCGGUGAAGGAGUCCGGUCCUUUUACCUCGCAUUGCGUCCACUUGGAAGCGGGCCCUUCGCAAUUUACGGUGCGCGCCCUCAAAAUGCAGGGCAGCACCAUGCUGUUUGUGAAUCCCAAGGAAUCGGAGGUUCUCGAGGAGCUAGCGGUGGCCAUGCCCCCUCGUAAUCCCACCAGCACUGAGCCCCUAUCCUCCACCAUUCUGGGCGGCCAUGGACAGACCGAUUCCUCUGUUCUGGCCGCCAAACUGAGCAAACGCUAUCGCCGGCAGUUCUAUGUGAGCCUGAACCUCAAACUGGACCGACUGGUGGGCCCUCUGUUUGAGAAAUCGCUUGUCACCUACAUGCACGACCAUCUGGAGCACUUCGCCUGAGGCCCGCCACCGAUGACACGGCGCCGCGUGGGGGUCACCAUCUAUUUCGGGGACCGGCGGCUACCCCACGGACACAACUCCACCGUACUCCAGAAAUCUUGCUAUCUGGGAUCUCCGAUUCCCGAUCUCCGCUCAGACGUCAGGCGGCGGCCGAGUGUGCGCGAACUUUAAACGUAUCGCUGAACCGAUUUUUCGUUCAAUAAAUUUAUUGCCCUAAGUAA